AUGCCACGUCUUGAAACGGAUAAACUAAGAAUUUGUGGAGGGCGCGAUUGUAAGAGAAAGGGUAGCAGGUUAGAGCGUCGCGAUAACCAAGACUUGAUUUGGGCCCCGCUGCUGUUCACUGUGCUGGGGCUCGUCCUUCAUCAACUCAUGUCUAAACCAAGGAGUGCACGUUCUACCGUCAGCAAGCCCGGGGAAUAUACUAGCAUCAAUUCUUGGGCACAGGAGGCGCACAAGUAUAUUGGUAAAUAUAAAAGUAUGAUCUUCUUUCUAUCAUGGCAUGGCCCAGAGCUGACGGCGCCAGGUGGCCCUCCAACUGAGGUUGACCUCGACACUCCGCCUCCUUCCCAGUCGUCGACUCGUAGUAAGCCUCGCGCUUCGAAGGCUACUCCCAAAAGAGGAACAAGCGUCUAUUCACUAAGGGAGGAAGAAGAGGAGCAGACUGAUAGCUUGUUCGACGGAUAUACGGACCAACUUACGGAACCAGGUGAUAUUGAUGUUGAUGCGGUAUGUCUCUUCAAUCCCCUUUACCGUCUUUACUUAUCUCUGGUCAAGUUUGCGUACAUCCUUUGGGUCAAGGGACAUAUUUCCAAUGAAAAACUGGAACAAGCCUUCGAGAGCGUAAAUGAUAACAAGAGUGCAUCAAACUUCAAGAGGCGACUAUCUUUGAACCCUGUUCUCUCCAGGAUUCCUGAAAGGGCGGAAUCUAUUUGCAGCAUGGAUUCGAUUUCCACUCGGCGCACGACCCGAAGCAUGACUCAAGAAAAGAGGUUGAUUGAAGCAACUAUCUCCACGAAGGGGCCUUCUAGACUGGCGAAGAUCGUUACGAUCCUCAUCGAGGGGGCCCUUGCUCCAGGUCGUCCUUCCCCUGAACGCCUCCGGUCAUCAAACUCCGAAAUCCUCAAAAAGCAAAUGGUUUCGACCUAUCUGUCGAAUGUGAAGAACCCCAGUCCUCCCUUGAGAUUAUGGGCAAAAAUUCGCCGUGAAGGUCAUUACGAUUCAACCAAAGAGUGGCUCAUCCGCCUUAGGAUCCCUUGUUCGAUUAUUCGCACAAAUUCAGACCACAUCACUACAGAAUCCUUUUUUACAUUAGAUGAGGACCAAAGCUUUGAUAGCCUUCCUCCGGACAGUCUUUAUGCGUCGUCUGAAGAUGGAGAAAGCGAUGAUGAUACAGAAGGUACCGAAGUCACAGAAGACACAGAGCCUGCGACUCCUGAUAGACCCAUGCGCUCAAGGUGA